AUACAAUCAAUGUAGCAGCUUGAUUGUUUUGAAUUUCUCAUCACUGAAAACUCUGCUCAUGGUAUUUCUGAAUAUUGGCAGUGAUAUUUAGCCAGGUUAAAUCCCUGGCGUGGUUACCCUGAUGCUGCACCAGUUAUUUUUAGAUGCUGUAAGCUGCCCUCUGAUAUAUGAGAGGCCAAUGCCAUCAAAACAGCAGAGUAGCUCAGCCACCAAACAGAUUUCACAGGCCGUGGCCACUUCAAAUGAAAUCAGAACAAAGCAAUGAUCAUGUGGUGAAGGAGGCCUAUGUAAUGUCACAGGAUUACAUCAAGUAUGUGACUGGAAGGACAUCAAAACCAGCUCCUAGCAAGGCUUCAGCAGCCCUGAGACAUGCAGGCGAUGAUCUCCUGGAGAAAUAUCCCAUCUUCUUUAAGCGAUGGCCCCGGAUUUUCAGGGAAGUUUGUUCUGAUGACGCCUGCGAUUACUUAUUCAAGUUGUUGGAUGAGCAUUUCCAACCAGAGAAACCUUGGCAAAAGAAGGAGCUUACCUGGAGUGGGAUACUUUCCAUUUAUGUCCUGGCAGGACAGCUGGCCAAACACUGCCAGGCGAAUGGCAUGGAGUCUGUGCUCGAGGAGCUGGAAUUCAAUGUGGGUCAGUACGUGGAGAGAAAAGUGUGUCCACAUAUUAAAGAAAAGGGAGGAUGGUCUGGUUUCAUAGAGCGUUUUGCUAAGAAGGAAGAGCCUGAACAUACUGCCUUCCGAGCUUGCUGUGGAAUGUUACUCCUGCUGGGUGCCAUGUCCCUGGCUUACUACAUUUACAGGCGAAGGUUAUGCUGA